GCUCCUCGCCAUGAGCAGACAAGCUGGCAAGAAUCCUUCAGCAGCGGGAGCCAGGGCUUCUCUGGCCACUCGGCCGUGGUGUCCGGCAGCAGCAGGAUGAGCGGUGUGGCUAGCUCCAGGGCAGCCGGUGGUGGGGCCUCUGGGUUCCGGGGCGCAGCAGGUGGCUUUGGCAGUCGUAGCCUCUACAACCUAAGUGGCAACAAGAGUAUCUCCUUCAGUGUGGCAGCUGGGGACUCAAGGGCUGGUGGCUUUGGUGGAGGAUGUAGCAUCUGUGCCAGUGGCUUGGGUGGUGGCUAUAGAGGUAGAUUUGGGGGUGGAUAUGGGGGAGUUGGUAGAGCAAUGGGAGGUGAGUUUGGGGGAGCUGGUAAUUUUGGGGCAGCUGGAGGUUUUGGGUCUGGUGGCUUUGGCCCUGGAAGCUUCUCUGGAGGAAUCCAGGAAGUAACUGUUAACCAGAGCUUCCUGCAGCCCCUCAGUGUGGAGACUGACCCCCAUGUCGGGGAAGGGAAGGCCCAGGAGCGUGAGCAGAUCAAGACUCUCAACAACAAGUUCGUCUCCUUCAUUGACCAGGAGCUGUCCCAGAUGCACAGCCAUGUCAGUGACAUGUCUGUGGUCCUCUCCAUGGACAAGAACUGCAAAUUGGACCUGGACAGCCUCAUUGUUGAGGUCUGCACUCAGUACAAGAUUGCCCAGAGGAACAAGGCUGAGGCUGAGGCCCUAAUGCCAAAGGCAUUCAUUGCAGAAGCUGAGGAGCAUGGGGAAUUGGCCCUCAAGGAUGCUAAUGCCAAACUCCAAGACUUGCAGGCUGUCCUACAGAAGGCCAAGGAUGACCUGGUCCAGCUGCAGCAUGACUACCAGGAGCUGAUGAAUGUCAAGCUGGUCCUGGACAUGGAGAUUGCCACCUUCUGCAAGCUGCUGGAGGGUGAGGAGUGCAGGUGA